CGCUCGCGUUACUUUAUGGCGUUUCCUCCGAGCCAGUUUCCAGCGAACACAGGCGUAUAAAUACAUCUUACCGGAAGCGCCUCGUCCUCUUCCAGUCAUCAAAGAUGGCGGACCAGGGUGAGAAGAAAGAGAAUCCCAUGAGAGAGCUCCGGAUCCGUAAACUCUGCCUGAAUAUUUGUGUUGGGGAAAGUGGAGACAGACUGACACGGGCCGCUAAGGUGCUGGAGCAGCUCACAGGGCAGACACCGGUGUUCUCAAAGGCCCGCUACACUGUGCGAUCCUUCGGUAUCCGCAGAAAUGAAAAGAUCGCUGUCCACUGCACAGUCCGUGGUGCCAAAGCAGAGGAGAUCCUGGAGAAGGGACUAAAGGUGCGAGAGUAUGAGUUGCGGAAAAACAACUUCUCUGAUACCGGUAACUUUGGCUUUGGCAUCCAGGAACACAUUGAUCUGGGCAUCAAGUACGACCCUAGCAUCGGCAUUUACGGACUGGACUUCUAUGUGGUCUUAGGCAGACCAGGUUUCAGCAUCGCUGACAAAAAGCGAAAAAGAGGCCGCAUCGGUUUCAAGCACCGCAUUCGUAAAGAGGAGGCCAUGCGUUGGUUCCAGCAGAAGUAUGAUGGCAUCAUCCUCCCCAGCAAGUAAAGGACCUACUUUUGACAUAAUUUGUAACAAACCAAUAAAUUGUAAAA